GUUAGUGUUAGUCGAGCUGCAGGUGAGUUUGGCUGCAGUUUGAAGAUGAAGCUGCUGCUGCUGCUGUUACUGAUGCAGAGAGCUGCAGCCCAGCAGAGAGGUCUGUUUCCGGCCAUCUUUAAUCUGGCCAGUAACGCAGUGAUCAGCACCAAUGCCACCUGUGGAUACCCAAAAUCAGAGGAUUACUGCAAACUGGUGGAACAUGUUCCAGGAAGAACCCGCAACAACUCGCACUGCCUCAAGUGUGACGCCAACUCUUCCCUGUCAACAGAACGUCAUCCAAUCACAAACGCCAUCGAUGGAACCAAUCAGUGGUGGCAGAGUCCGAGCAUCAAGAACGGACGACAGUUUCACUGGAUCACCAUCACACUGGAUCUGAAACAGCGCUCUCUGGACGGCGCCACCUUCGACCCCUGGCAGUUUUACGCCAUCAGCGACUCGGAGUGUUUGUCUCGUUACAACAUGACGCCCAGACUCGGACCUCCGACCUACCAGAGCGACACCGAGGUCAUCUGCACCUCCUACUACUCCAGACUGAACCCACUGGAACAUGGCGAGAUCCACACCUCUCUGAUUAACGGCCGACCCGGCGCCGACGACUUGACCUCUGACCUCCUGAACUUCACGUCGGCUCGUUACAUCAGACUGAGGCUUCAGCGAAUCAGAACGCUCAACGCCGACCUGAUGACGCUGAGCGCCCGCGACCCUCGAGACAUCGACCCCAUCGUGACCAGGAGGUAUUAUUACUCCAUCAAAGACGUCUCUGUGGGCGGGAUGUGUAUCUGCUACGGACACGCUCAGAGCUGCCCGCUGGACCCCGUUACCAAGAAGCUGCAGUGUGAGUGUGAACACAACACCUGUGGGGAGAGCUGUGAUGAGUGUUGCCCUGGUUACCAUCAGCAGCCAUGGCAACCAGGCACCAUCUCCGAGGGAAACACCUGUGAAAUUUCUCCGUACUCGGACUCUCCUUGUGUCGAGUGUCUCUGUGACCUGAGAGGAUCAAAGUCUUCAGUCUGCAGCAGAGAUGACACACAGCCAGGCGUGUCUGCCGGUCAGUGUGUGUGUCAGGAAGGCUUUGCGGGUCGCCGGUGUGACCGCUGUGCGUUUGGAUACAGAGACUUUCCCCGGUGUGUUCACUGUGAGUGCAACCUGUCGGGCAGCACCAACAGCGACCCCUGCAGCACCUGCACCUGCAAGGUGAACGUGAUGGGAGCUCACUGCGAUCUGUGCAAGCCAGGUUUCUACAACCUGCAGGACAACAACCCUCUCGGCUGCACCGACUGUUUCUGUUUUGGUGUGUCUGAUGUCUGCGAGAGCUCCGCCUGGUCCACAGCUCAGGUAUUUCAUACAAACGCUCGGCUCCACCCCUUUCACUCCCUCCACAACCACCACGUCCUCCACGACAACGACCUCAUCGUUCCCAGCAACACCUCCUCUGGCUCCUCCCACCAACAGGUGCUCCAGUGGGCGGCGCCUGAAAGUUUUCUUGGAAACAAGCUGGUGUCCUAUGGAGGUUUCCUGAACUACUCUGUGGGUUAUGACGCCCCAUUGGACAAUGAAGACCGCUCUCUUCCCGCCCACUGUGACAUCGUCAUUGAGGCGUGUCUCCCAGGAUUCUACAGAGUGGGUGGAGUCUUGUUUGGAGGGAACUGUAUGCAGUGUGAAUGCAACGAUCACGCCACCGAGUGCGACGCCAGCGGCGAGUGUGUGGGCUGCAUGCACAACACCAUCGGCCCGCACUGCGAGCAAUGUCUGCCUGGUUUCUAUGGCGACGCCACGGAGGGGACGGCCCAAGACUGCCGCCUGUGCCCAUGUCCCCUGACCGAACCGUCCAACAGGUUCAGUCCCACCUGUGUGCUGGAGGUGUCCGGAGAGGUGUCAUGUGACCAGUGUCAGGACGGAUACACCGGGAACAACUGUGAGAGGUGUGCCAGUGGUUUCUAUGGGAACCCGCAGGUUGUAGGCGGGGCCUGUGUUCGCUGUGAGUGUAACGGGAAUGUGGACGUUAGCGAGCCAGGACACUGUGACACCGUCACCGGGGAGUGUCUCCGUUGUCUCGGCAACACAGCAGGGGCACACUGUGAGGGCUGUCGGCACGGUUACUAUGGAGACGCUGUGCAUGCCAAGGACUGUCAAGGUGAGUCUCACACACCUGCUGUGAUGUCAGCGGCGAUCCUCAGAGAACGAGGCAGCCGACUGCAGUGGACAACAGCAGAACUGCAGUCAGGGUUCUUCGGGCUGCAGAGUGGGCAUGGCUGUCGGCCUUGUGGCUGCAGCCAAUCAGGGUCCCUAUCUGAGUCAUGUGAUGAGGAGGGGCGGUGUCAGUGUGUAGAGGGCGUGGCCGGGGACAAGUGUGACCGCUGUGGUCAUGGUUACUACGGUUUCCAUGGCAGCGGCUGCAAAGCAUGCACCUGUGACCACACUAGCGGAAACUGUGAUCCUGAGAGCGGAGAGUGCAUCUGCCCCGCCCACACAGAGGGAGACACCUGCGACAGGUGUGAGACAGGUCACUGGGGUCACGACCCCACCACAGGUUGCAAGCCCUGCAGCUGCAGUGCAGCAGGAAGCUCCACCCCUCAGUGUGAUCUGACCAAUGGGCAGUGUCUGUGCAGAGAGGGGUUCUCUGGCAGGUCAUGUGACCAGUGUGCACCUGGUUACUAUGGUUACCCAGCAUGCUCAGCGUGUGGCUGCGACAUGGCGGGAACCGACGAAACAUUCUGCAACACGACACUGGGAGAGUGCGACUGUGGACACACCGGAGAGUGUGUGUGCAAGGCUGGCGUGUCGGGGCGGCGCUGCGAGGAGUGUGUUGCUGGUUGGUUCGGUUUGUCAGCUGAGAAUCCAGACGGCUGCUCUCAGUGUUUCUGUUCAGGACUCAGCCGAGACUGUGAGGAGCAGGGAGGACUGACCAGAGUACCUAUAACCCUGGCUCGCUCUCCUGCUCUCUUGUCAUUGGUCAGUCAGUCGAACCUGCAGGGUGUUGUAUCUGGAGUUUACCAGCAGGGUGGCGAUAUGCUGCUGGACACCCGUCAGCUGAGCACCAGCAGACUGUCCGGUCCGCUGUACUGGAGGCUGCCUCCACAGUUCGAAGGCAACCAGCUGCUGUCAUACGGCGGGCUGCUGUCCUACACCGUCACCUUCUAUGCCGAGGACGGGUCAGGACUGUCCAACCUGGAGCCACAGGUGCUGAUGAGGGGCGGGACUCUGAGGAAGCUGGUCAUCUACACCGACAUGGUUGCCCCUGGCAACGGCGUCAGGACUCAGCAUGACAUCAGGCUGACUGAGCACAAGUGGAAGUAUUUUAACUCGGUGUCGCUGACGGCGGUGAGUCACAGCGACUUCCUGUCCGUCCUCAGUAACGUCCAGUACGUCAUCGUCAAGGCUUCAUAUGGGACGAGACUGCAGCAGAGCAGGAUCGCUAACAUCACCAUGGAGACAGCAGUGGAGGCAGAGUUAGGGGAGGAGUCAGAGGGGGCUGCGGUCCCAGGGGGCGUGGCCAGACUGAUUGAGUCAUGUGUAUGUCCACCUGGUUACACCGGACUGUCCUGUCAGGAGUGUGCAGCAGGUUACUUCCGUCAGCAUCAGUCGGAGUUGUCGUCUCAGAGUCAGAAGUCGAUGUUUGUUCGUCCGUGUGUUCGAUGUCGCUGCAACAACCACAGUGACAGCUGCGACAUGGAGACUGGCGACUGCCAGGACUGUCAGCACCACACCAGUGGGCGGAGCUGUGAGCUCUGUGCCCAGGGGUACCACGGGAACGUCAGCGGCUCCAUCAGCGACUGCUCGCUGUGUGCCUGCCCCCUGCAGGACAACAGUUUCAGUCCCACCUGUGUGUCAGAAGGAGCGAUCGGUGAUUUCCGCUGCACUUCCUGUCAGGCCGGUUAUGAAGGCAGAUACUGUGAGAGGUGUUCUGUCGGUUACUACGGAAACCCCUCGGUGCUGGGCGGUGUGUGCAGGCGCUGCACCUGCAGUGGGCAGGGCUCCCUCCACCCGCUGUGUGACGCUCUGACUGGACAGUGCGAGUGUCGGCACGGCAACACGGGAAGGUCAUGUGACCAGUGUGACGACAGGCACGUCCUGCAGGGGGCAGCGUGUGUGUCCUGUGACGAUGAAUGCAGCGGCGUUCUGCUGGACGACCUGGACAAACUGAACGACCUCCACCUGUCCGUCAACCUGAGCGGCGUUGUCAUGGCGUCGUACCGGCAGCUGGUGUCGCUGCAGAAUCAGAGCAGAGACCUGCAGGUGGCGCUGUCAGAGAACAGCUCCGUCACAGCUUACCUGUCCAGAGUGGAGGACGACCUACGUCACCUGACCUCUGACCUCAGCGCUCUGCUGCAGCAGGUCACUCGUUUGUCUGACCACCUGGUGGAAGCGGCCGUGUCCAACAACAGCAGCUUUUCCCAGGGUGCACUGCUGCUGGAGAGCAUCAGCAGCCUGCAAGACAACAUUCUGGUGCUGCAGAGGGAGGCGGGGCAUCUGAAUCAGACCACGGAUGAGCCCGACUCAACCAAUCAGACGCGUCUGCUGGAGGAGGUGGAGUCCUUGUUGGAGACCACCAGAGGUGUCAAUCUAACAGCCGCCAUGGCAGCAGCCAAUCAGGAGCUCAGCCGGUCAGAAUCUCUCAUCCAAUCGCUGCAGCAGGACCUCCUGUCCAGCAGGGCAGCGCUGGACAACCGGCUCCACACCCUCGCCACCUCCAUAACUGUCGCCAUGGCAACGCUGGAGCAUGCACAGACACACCUGAGCGACGCUGCACAACAAAACACAGAAACACACACUCUGCUGGACGGCGCACACACUCUGCUACACCGUUAUCAGUCUGUCCAUCAGAACCUGACGGCUGCGUGUCUGUGUGUGGACGGACUGAUGGACGACAGCCAGCUGCACCUCCAGGACGCCGUCAGUCUGACUGAGGAUUUAACCAACAGCAGCGCAGUGGAGGUGUUGGCCAGCCAGCUGGAUCAGUGGCGCCCCCUGCUUAGGAAACAGGUGGACGGUUUGGUUGUUGGACUGAAGAUGACGGACGCUCUGGAGAAUGUUUAUCGUGCAGAGAACCACGCCCACCUUGUGCAAAGCCACGCCCACUCCCUGCACAGCUCGCUGUCAGCGGUGUGUAAUAUGUCCCAGAAUGGCAGCCGAUUGGCUCAGCUCGACAGUGAUGUCACUGAGCAGGUUAACUCCGCCCAACUGAUAGCCUCGACCGCCCUGAUCUCCGCCUCCCACGCUGUCAACAUGACUGUCCAAUCAGAGCAGGUGCUGGCAGAGGAGGGCGGGGCUAAACUGAACAUCAGCUCUGCUGUUUUGGAUGAAAGUCAACGAAUCAGCGAAGCGGCUGAAGAUCUGCAGGUGAACGUUUCCAUGGUAACCAGCAGGCUGCGACUGGUCCGGGACAGUGUCCGUAACUCCAGCCUCCUCCUCCGUCAGCCAAUGAGGCAGCUGCAGAGCCUCUCUAAUGGUUGGUCUGUGCCGCUGCAACAGGCUCAGGUUCAGACUGCAGUGGCUCAGUCCGGCCUGCAGGAGGCGCUGCAGCGGCUGAAGAGACUCAGAGAGCAGCUGCAGGACUCUUCGUCUGCAGUAGAAAACACCAACAACACCGUGAGGGAGACCAACCGGCUGGUGACGCACACACACACUUCAGCCAAUGACGCACAGCGGAAGCUGGAGGAGGCGGAGCAUCGGGCUCAGCGUCUGAUGGACAGAAUCAAGCCGCUGAGCAUCCUGGGAGAGACACUGAGCAGGAACCUGUCUGACAUCAGAGAGCUGAUCGAUCAGGCCCGCAGGCAGGCGGCGUCGAUAAAGGUGGCGGUGCAGGCGGACAGAGACUGCCUUCGCUCCUACAGACCACAGAUUCAGUCGAGUAACUUCAACACUCUGAGUCUGGUCCUGAAGACGACACGUCCAGACAACCUGCUGUUCUACCUGGGCAGCAACACCACGGUGGACUUCUUGGCUGUGGAGAUGCAUGAUGGGAAGGUUUCUCUGCUGUGGGAUGUGGGAGCAGGCAGCACCAGGCUGGAGUUUCCUGGACUGGACAUCACCAACAACAGAUGGACAAGAAUCAACGCUACACGGUUUGGGGCCCACGCCGCUCUGUCGGUCCAUCAGCUGGACUCUGAGUCGGCGCCGUUGCCCGCAGUAACGGCAACAUCGCCAGGAUCAUCCCGAGUUUUAGACAUCGACAGAAAUGCCGUGAUCCACAUCGGAGGACUGGGAGCUCACACGCAGAGUCCUGCAGCGCUGCGGACCUCCAGCUUCCAGGGCUGCCUGGGGGAAGCUUCACUCAACGAGAAGAACAUCGGCCUGUGGAACUACGCCCGCAGACAGGGAGAGUGUGGAGGCUGCUUCAGCAGUCCUCAAGCAGAGGAGACGUCCUUCCACUUCGAUGGCUCUGGCUUCUCAUUGGUCCAGAAGUCUCUGCGAGCGACGUCCACGUCCAUCGUGUUGCUGUUUAAAACUCUGUCUCCGGGCGGAUUGCUGCUGUACCUGGCCUCCAACAACACGAGGGACUUCCUGUCCAUGGAGCUGGUGGGGGGGCGUGUCCGUCUGACCUUUGACCUCGGCUCAGGUGCUCUGAUCCUGACGUCCAGCAGGAGGUACAACACCGGGGUUUGGUACAAGAUCACGCUGCAGAGGAACAAACGCAAAGCAUACCUGUCCAUCAUGGCAGCUGACCAAUCAUCAGAGAAGGAGGUGUUGGAGGCGGAGUCUCCAGGAACGGCCUCUGACCUGAACCGCUCCGAUCUCGACCCCAUCUACAUUGGAGGACUUCCUGCCUCCAGACCGAUCAGGCGACAGGUGGUGUCCAGGUCGUAUGUGGGCUGUAUAAAGAAUGUGGAGAUCGCUCGGUCCAACUUUGACCUGCUGAGGGAUGCAUACGGAGUCCGGAAGGGCUGCGUACUCGAGGCGGUGAGGAGUGUGUCGUUGUUGGCCAGAGGUUUCGUUCAGAUCGCUCCUCCAUCGUUCGGUCAAGAGGUGGAGCUUCUCUUCUCCUUCUCCUCCAACAACCAAUCAGGAGUCCUGCUGGCUGCCUUCAGUGAUGACCGCAUGCACAGACAGCACUUCUUGUCUGUUCACCUGGAAUCAGGGGGGCUGGAGGCGGAGCUUGGUGAGGUGGGCGGAGCCAGUCGGCGAGUAACUGUGAUGAAACCUGAUGGAAGAUCCUUUAGUGACGGAAAGAAACACUCUGUGAUUGUUACUAUCAGCAGAAAGUCUCUGUCCGUGCAGGUGGACGAGGACCACCUGAAGUCUGUCUCCCUGUCACUGGGCGGAUUUUCUCGUCAGUCUCCGGCCUCCUUCUUCAUUGGUGGGCUGCCAUCAGGCGAGGACUCCCGUCUGCCAAUCAGGCUGCAGCAUUUAUCCAGGUGGUUCAGAGGCUGCAUCCAACACCUGGUGGUGAGCGGAGCGCUUGUCGACCUAUCAGGAGCAAUGACGUAUGAAGGGGCGGAGCUCAACAGCUGCCUAUUGGAGGAGAGGACUGGAGGGGCGGUACUUCCUGAUGACCAGGAUGUAGAACCGACACCUGAUCCCGCUCACCUGCCUGUAGCCCCUCCCACACACCUGAGCGCCUUGACACCUGGAGCGCUGACGUGUGCUUCAGAGGCGGAGCCAACCUUCAUAACAUCAGCAGCUCAGUUUGGGUCGUCUCGACACAGUCACAUGACCUUCUUCAUCAACCCCACCACAGUCCGCAAAAGUGUUGUCCUGAGGUUGUCGGUUAGAAGCUGGGCCCUGGACGGGUUGAUCCUCCUGCUCUCGGACUCCAAACAGAUGGACUUUGUCGUCCUCAGACUGAAAGGGGGGAAGGUUAUGAUGUCAGCUGACCUGGGGAAAGGCCCCGCCUCCAUCACCUCAUCUGUUGACGUGAAUGACGGAAAGUGGCACAUUGUGAGUGCGGAGGUAAGCCGGCGGUUGGUGUCGGUGUCUGUCGAUGGUUCAAGUCCGGACUCCGUCUCAGUCAAAGGAAACCAGCUGGACGUAGACAACAGACUGUAUUUGGGAGGAUUUCCGAACACCAGCAGGAGGAUCAAUGUCAGCAGCAGUUUCCCGGGUUGUGUUCGGUCUGUCAGUCUAAACGGAAACAUAUUGGAUCUGUCCAAGCCGGCCUCUCAGUCUGAUGUCGCUGCCUGUUUCACCAAAGACCAGACAGGGAGCUACUUCAACGGCAGUGGAUACGCUGAACUGAUGCACGACGGCUACAAGGUCGGCUCUGACAUGUCCGUGUCGCUGGAGUUUCGAACGAGCCAAUCAGAAGGAGUGUUUCUGGGAAUCAGCAGUGCGAAGGUCGACGCUGUGGGACUGGAGAUGAUCGAUGGACAGGUGGUGUUUAACGUCAACAACGGCGCUGGUCGGGUGUCGGUGCGGUCGAUUGGCCAGAUGCUGUGUGAUGGACGGUGGCACCGCCUGCUGGCCAGAAAAAACAAACACAGCCUGAAUCUGAGUGUAGAUGGGCGGAGUUACAGCACACCCAACCCCUACCCACAAUCCACCUCUGCUGAGACCAACAACCCCGUGUACCUGGGAGGAUUUCCAGUUGCUGUGAAGCAGAACUGCCUGUCGAUCAGUUCCAGCUUCAGAGGUUGUCUGAGGAACCUGCAGCUCGCCAAGUCUCACCUGAGCACCACCCUUGACGUGAGCUCCGCCCACUUCCGGUUGGGCGUCACCCCUAACUCGUGCCCGGUUGCCUAGCGAUGCCUCUUGUUUGUUUCGGAGGUUCUGGUUGUUUGUUGGAGCUCCCUGUUGAGCAGCGUUCAGCUUUUUGUCAGAUUGUAGAUUCUGGAUGUUGUCUGAUCCAUAAAUAAAGACCUACCUGCAA